AGGAGGAUCAGAAGUACCUCCGUACACUGUAUGAAUAUUCCGCUAGCCCAUGACGGGCUGUGAAUGCAACUGCUUCCGCACUCGCGUCCCGCAAAGUCACAUUUGAACUUCGCCUUUUUUUGAGUUUCUCUGUAGGCGCUCGCCAACACUCUGCAAACGGCAGCAACCGAUGGUGCCAUCACCAAAUAUUUGCCGGUUGCCUCCUACACGCCCGCCAUGGAGGACGACCUCGCCCGCCGUAUAGAGCGGGUCGAGAAGGCCGUCGCCGCCGUAGUCGACUCGAUCGCGAACAACAACCCGUCGGUGCAGCUCGCUGAAGAACUGGCCGCUGCCCAGGACGAUCUUGACCGCGGCCUGAAGCUCUUUGAGGUCCACCAGAAUAACUAUGCGCGUAUUCUCAAGCUGCGCGAAGAAGUUUCGCAAAAUGACGCCAAGAUCAAGGACGUGAUCAACGCCCUCUGGAGCAUACGGAAGGAGCUUACUUCGAUCCCGACGACGAGCCAGCCCCCGCCAGGCUCAAAGUAUUCAUACACAACUGACGAGCUCCUCACUUACGCCCGGCUCAUCAGCCGCAACACCCUGCCCCUUCCCGGCGUGGCCAACAAUGUCGCCCCGAGCUCGACCCAACCCUCGAAACCCGAAGACACAUCCCAACUACAGACCCCGAGUCAGACGGGGCCAACCCCCAACGCGAGCUUCAACCAGAGCUUUGCCACUGCCGCAGCCAGCACGCCCGGCCCGAUGAGCGCAUCGACCCCGAACACCACACAACAAACGAGCCAAAUAACAUCCCCCUUCCAAACCAAGAAACCCACCACAGAGUUCAGGAUCCCCGACUUCCUCAAGCCAGCCGUCAACCCGCUGCACGGCGCUACCUUCCAGCCGUGGCCUACCCAAGAGCAGAUCCGCUCGGGCGGCCUGGCCGCGGUCCAGGCGCUCGUCGACCGGGGGAUCGACCCGCGCGGCUACGACCCGGAGGAAGAGGAGCGUAAGCGCAAGGCCGAAGAACAGGCCAAGAAGGAAGCCGAGGAGCAGGCGCGGCGGGAGCGCGAAGAGGCCGAGCGCCGCAUGCGCGAGGAGCGCGAGCGGAUGGCGCGCGAGCGCGAGAGGGCGCGCCAGAUGGAGGCUGCUGCUGGCGGCGGCGGCCUCGAGCGCCGGGAUAGCGUCGCGGUUGGGCGGGUGAACAAGCCGAAACAGUUUACCUUCCUGGGUGCGGAUGACGAUGAUGACGACGAGGACGAUUAGGCGUCGCGUUCUACGGUCAGGGACGAGGAUACCUCGCUGCCGGGUUCGGACGGUCACGGGGAGGGAGAAGGGAACGAAGCCGACGACGACUGCGCGCCAACUAUUGCGCGCCUUCGCGGGAACAAGCUCGAGCAUGGACAUGAACUUGUUCUGCGAGGGAAGUACGACAGCGACGAUGA